AUGGCCCUGCGCGGGUUGCUGCAGGUGGCGCGAGCGAGGCCAGCAAUCUUUCCCACGGCCAGAGACCCGUGCAAAGCUUUGAUUUCCCAUGUUUUCACCGUCCAGUCCCACCAACCUGUGCGCUGGUUAUCCUUGAGCCACCGAUUAGCCGUGGAACACACCAUUGACGAUGACUUUUCCGACAAAGCCCAUGGCUUUGUGGACCACGUCCGCCUGCAUGUGGUCGGCGGCACCGGCGGGCAGGGCAGCGCGCGCCAUGGUGCCAUGGGCGGCCAAGGCGGUGACGUCUUUGCCAUGGCAGACCCCAAUGUGACUACGCUCCAGGCCCUGCGAAAUAUGAAGCGCUGCCGAGCCGAGCCUGGCGAAAAUGGUAGUCGUCACUCUGCUGAGCGUAAGGGUGAAGAUGCCAUCCUCAAGGUGCCCGUCGGCACGCUGGUCUGCUUUGACAACGGCGAGCCCUUGGCAGACCUCUCCCAGCCUGGCGAAACAGCGCUUCUUGCCCGCGGCGGCGACGGGGGCAGCCCCAAGACCAAUUCACAGUACUCGGGCCUGCGUGGCGAUCGUAACCACGUCAUUUUUGAACUCAAAGCCAUCGCUGACGUGGGCCUGGUCGGCUUCCCCAACGCCGGCAAAUCCAGCCUGCUGCGCACCAUUUCCCGGGCACGGCCGCGCAUUGCUUCGUACCCCUUUACAACUCUCCAUCCCAAUAUUGGGACGGUGGAGUACGACGACUUUGGCCGAAUUUCAGUGGCUGAUAUCCCUGGCCUAGUGGAGGGUGCCGCUCUCAAUCGAGGCAUGGGCCACGCCUUUUUACGCCACGUCGAACGUACUCAUGUGCUUCUCUUUGUCGUCGAUGCGCAUGGAUUCAGCCACAAGGAGCACCGGUCCACGGCAGAACGUGAUCUUCAAAUCCUGUUGCAAGAGCUCGAGGCCUAUUCAGCCGAGUGGCUCCGAUCUCGGCGCUGCAUUGUCUGCUUCAACAAGGUGGACACGCCAGGCGCUGCAGAAAAGUGGGCAACCUUCCGGGCUGAGUUUGACAAACUGGUUGCUGAUGGCCGUUUGCCGGCCCAGACAUCCCUCCUGCCCGUCUCUGUCAACACUGGCGCGGGACUCAAGCGUUUGGUGAAGAUUCUACGCCGCGAGGUUGAGGCUGCGCAGGCUGAUGCCGAGGCCGAAGCCGCACCUUCCCAGGAGAAUGUGGCCCCUACGGCAAGUUCUGACCCUUAUGCUGAUUCCGACUACGAGCAGGUUGGGCCAUACAUCCCGCAGGCCACCCUGGAUGCUUGGACGGGCACUAGCGCAUCGCGCAAUCGGUUGCGCCCCAAGACGCGGCGCCAGGUGUUUGAGGAAUACCUAUUUGGCGAAGACACGGACAUUGUACAAGAGUAUCGCAAGCGGGCCCGGCGUGUCUAUGAUGACCGCCGCUGA